CUUUUCCAUUCUAUAAACACCCCAUUUCUUCUGCUUCCCUUACUUUCUCUCAACAAACACUCCCAACUCUUCUUCUUCUUCAAAUUCAAUUCCUCCCCGAUCCAGUUCAAAAAUCAUGGAGCCAGGUGCAAUUGCCGCCACCAAACAUUCAGCGCCUGUGAAUCCAACCGUCCACCCAUCUCACUUUACAUCAGUUCAAAACAAUACAUCCACCUUUAAUUUCAGCAGAUUCUUCAGCCUACAUUCUUCACCCUCUUUCCAAACUCCUCCCUCCUGCCAAUUCACCUCACAGACAUCAUCUUCUCUCAGCAACAACUCUACUUCUGAUGACGCAGAAGAACACCCUCGCAUAACCGAUGAGAAGAAGCGUAGGAGGAUGAUAUCCAACAGAGAAUCAGCCCGACGGUCUCGGAUACGCCAGAAGAAGCAUCUUAACGAGCUAAUGGUGCAGGUCAUCAAGCUUCGGGACCAGAAUUGCAAGCUCAUCAUCAAGUUGAAUCACAUGGAGGACUGCAAUGACAGGAUCCUACGGGAGAAUAGCCUACUCAGGGAAGAAGCUUCCAACCUCCGUCAAACUCUCCAAAACAUGCAGCCCAAAAAUCCUUACAUCAUUUCAAAAGAUACAGAAGAAAUCCCAUGCAACAGUACUACAUAUCUUGGAGCCAAAUCAACCAACCAAACCUUCAUCACUCCCAUGGCUUUGCUUUGAGAUGUCUCCCCUUCAUUUUUCCUUCUCUCUCUUACUUUAGAGUUGAUAGAGUUGCCUAUAAUAACUUCUCAUCAAGUAUUUCAAUGUCACAAAAGAUAAGGUUUUGGAUUGUAGAAGCAUUCCAUAUAUAAUAAAAGUGCAGUGUACUAUGUUUAAAAAAAAAAAAGAAAA